GUGCGUAAAAAGGCAGGCCGGGCACGCACGCAGCUGCACGCAGCGCUCCGCUGCUCACCUGAAACAGCGCACAGGACAGACAGACAGACAGACACGCAGGCAGGCAGGCAGACGGGCAGACAGACAGACAGACAGACAGGUGGGCGGGCAGGUACACAGAGAAGCGAAGCCGGAAGAACGAGCAGGUCGACCUGUCCCCGAUAGUCACUUUCCUCCACAGUAACUCCAGGCGUUUCCUAAAAUUACACAACUCUUCUUUUCUUUUCUUCUCCUUCUUCUUUAAAAAAAAACAAUUGUAUUAAUGAGAGACAUGACAGAGCCAGGAAAGAAGUGGAUCCUGAUCGCGGUGGAUGUUCUGUGUGUCUUUGUGGCCGCUCUGCCCUCGGCCAUCCUCACGCUGAUGUUCAGCCCGUACCAGAGAGGAAUCUACUGCGACGACGAGAGCAUCAGCUACCCCUACAGGAGGGACACCAUCUCCCACGGAGCAAUGGCCGCCGUCACCAUCACCUGCUCCAUCGUCAUCAUCACCACGGGAGAGGCCUACCUCGUGCACACGAAGCGCCUCCACUCCAACUCCCAGUUCAACCACUACCUGUCGGCGCUCUACAAGGUGGUCGGCACCUACCUGUUCGGGGCGGCCGUCAGCCAGUCGCUGACCGACCUCGCCAAGUUCACCAUCGGUCGCCCUCGUCCCAACUUCCUGGCCGUGUGCGGCCCGGUGGGCUGCAGCGGAUACGUGCUGCAGAUCAACUGCACCGGCUACCACCGCAACGUCACCGAAUCCAGGUUGUCGUUCUACUCCGGCCACUCGUCCUUCGGGAUGUACUGCAUGCUCUUUUUGUCGCUCUACGUGCAGGCCCGGAUGCAGGGCAAGUGGACGCGCCUGGUGCGACCCACCAUCCAGUUCUUCCUGGUCGCGUUUUCCUUCUACGUGGGUUACACGCGCGUGUCCGACUACAAGCACCACUGGAGCGACGUGGUGGUGGGGCUCCUGCAGGGGGCGCUCAUCGCCGUCCUCACCGUCCGAUACGUGUCGGACUUCUUCAAGCGGCGCCCCGCGCCGUGCACGGACCCGGCGGAGGAGAUCGAGCACCUGGAGCGCAAGCCGAGCCCGCAGCCCCCGGACCCGCAGCACGGAAACCACCACUACAGCUACUCCGGUCCCGUAUGAGCCGCGCGCGCGCGCGCGUGUGUGUGUGCGUGCGCAGCGGCCACCAGGAGACCCUCAUCCAGACCGGACCCAGAGAACCGGUCUACAGCUACUCCAACUCCCAGACCUGUUGGAACAGAAGCUCCACUGUGUGUGUGUGUGUGUGUGUGUGUGUGUGUGUGAAACGAGUUGUUCUGUUCAAUAGGGUGCAAUGAUAUAUACGGUUGUUUUUUUUGUGCUGCUUUUAUGAGACAAACAUUUCAGAUUUGUGGCGGAGACUUCAACUGAAAAGACCGCUAAAGAGAUCUGAAAAUAAAAAAUAAUAAAUACAAACAACACACCGGCCCAAAAGGAAAAUCCUUCUGACCUUGCAAAGAGUGACGCGACCUUGGAGACUGCAUGUGUUCUGUUAUAAGACUUUCUUUUUUUUACACUGGAGCUGAUCACACAUCUGCCUUCUCCUUCCACGUGUGUGUGUGUGUGUGUGUCUUUAGAUAUGUGCACGUGUAACGAUGGACUGCUUUAACAAUAUAUAUACGUGAUGUUCUUUGUAUAGCGCUAACAUUUUUAUAUUGUUUAUAACUUCUGUAUCUAAUAAAAAGUGUAGCUUUUUAAGAAUGCAUCACCACUACUCAUGCUGUGACAUUGUUCUGUUUGUUUUCUUCUUCUUUGGUGUUCACACACUUCCUCUCAAAGAAAAAGGACGGCCAGAGACGUAAACAAUAACUUUUAUUUGAAUUUCAAGUGUCUGUAAAACCACAAUUUCUCUUCCCGACCCGUCUCGCCCUUUUUUCUUUAAUUCCAUGUGUAACCUGUUUGUGAAACUGCACAUAAUGUACUCGUUUUUCUCCAUAAAUAUUAGCCAGCA